AGAGAAUAGAAAGGGGAUUAAAUAAACUUAAGGAAGCAUUUACUAGUGAUCUAGAUAGGUUUAAGGAACUUUGUUCAAUAUGCAAUACUGAAGCAGGGAAAACUUCCAAUCCCGCCUAUGAAACACAUCAAAAUAUUUUAUGUAAUUAUAUAACUUCUGCUGUUAGAGGUACUUACGGGAAUAGUCGACCAAAGGGUCAAGGUUCUGCUGUCGAGGUUUGGAGUGGAUUAAGACGUACACAUCGUUGUAAUAUUUUACGAAUAUGUAUGAAAUAUUUAAUGCACCACUCUUGUAUAUCAGACAGUGAUGUUACGAAGAUUUUAAAGGCAAUGGAACCGCAAGUUAAGUCAUGGAGGGUAGGGGGGAAGACGGAAAGUAGUAAACAAAAAAAUAGGGAGGCUUUUGGUAAAUGCAUAAAGAGGUCGUUGCGUACGGAUAGAAGUGGUGAAAAUGAAUUAAAGUGUAAAGUGAUUGAGGUAAUAAAGGAAGUAAAAAUAAUUCAGGAUAAAAAAUUGGAGGGUAUUAAUUCGGGUGCAGGAAGUGGAACUUGUUCUACUGCAUCUAACACUCAUAAUGGCAGUAAAUAUGUCAAUGAUUGUAGUGGAGGGGCUUCGACAACAACCACCACAACAACCACAAACACAAGAACGACAUCUUUAAAAAAUCUUUGA